AUGUCGGGAUACCAACACGGCCAGGGUCAAGGCCAAGGCCAAGACCACGGCCAUCACGACUACGAUGACGGCUACGGCCAUCCUGGCGGCAAUACCGACUCGUAUUAUCAGGACGACCAACAGUACUACGACCAUAACCGCGGUGGACAACAACAGGGCGAAGGGUACUAUGACGAGUCUGGUUAUUACAAUGCGGACCCCAACAACCCCUACCACCAGGACGGCGGAUACUAUGACAACCAAGAUCAGUACCACGACGACUACUACAACAACAACGAUGGCUACUAUGACCAGGGCUACGACCGCGGCGGCUACGGGAACGGUCACGGCCAUCGAAAUGGAGCGGAGGACGACUCCGAGACAUUCAGUGACUUCACCAUGCGCUCCGAUAUGGCCCGGGCUGCCGAGAUGGACUACUAUGGGCGCGGCGACGAACGCUACGACAGCUACAAUGACGGCCAUGGGGGCGGUAGGGGGUAUCGGCCGCCUUCCUCACAAAUUUCAUACGGCGGCAACCGGUCAUCAGGCGCGUCAACCCCGAACUAUGGCAUGGAUUACGCCAAUGUCCUUCCCGCCGGCCAGCGUUCGCGUGAGCCGUACCCCGCCUGGACGUCCGACGCUCAGAUUCCCAUCUCGAAAGAGGAAGUGGAAGACAUCUUCCUUGAUUUAACGGCCAAGUUCGGUUUUCAGCGCGACAGCAUGCGGAACAUGUACGACCAUUUCAUGACGCUCCUCGACUCUCGCGCCUCGCGUAUGACGCCGAAUCAGGCGCUCCUCUCCCUCCACGCUGAUUACAUUGGUGGCGACAAUGCGAAUUACCGGAAAUGGUACUUCGCUGCCCACCUGGAUCUAGACGAUGCUGUUGGUUUUGCCAAUAUCAAAGGCAAAGGCCGAAAGAAGAGUAAGAAGAACAAGAAAUCGGAUCCACAGAAUGAGGCCGAGGCUCUUGAGGACUUGGAAGGUGACGACUCUCUCGAGGCUGCCGAGUACCGCUGGAAGACGAGGAUGAACCGCAUGUCUCAACAUGACCGCGUUCGCCAGCUCGCGCUUUACCUCCUAUGCUGGGGAGAGGCCAAUCAGGUCCGCUUCAUGCCAGAGUGUUUGUGUUUCAUUUUCAAGUGCGCCGACGAUUACUUGAACUCGCCGGCGUGCCAGAAUCAGGUGGAACCAGUCGAGGAGUUCACCUUUCUCAACAACGUCAUCACGCCGCUCUACCAGUACUGCCGGGACCAGGGAUACGAGAUUUCCAACGGAGUCUAUGUUCGCCGCGAGAGGGACCACAACAAGAUCAUUGGCUACGACGACUGUAACCAACUCUUUUGGUACCCCCAGGGCAUUGAGCGCAUCGUUCUUCACGACAAAACCAAGCUGGUCGACGUGCCGCCUGCUGAGCGGUACCUCAAGCUCAAAGAUGUGGAAUGGAAGAAGGUCUUCUUCAAAACAUACAAGGAGACGCGUUCAUGGUUUCACAUGCUCGUCAACUUCAACCGCAUCUGGAUCAUCCAUGUAUCAAUGUUCUGGUUCUAUACGGCUGGCAACGCUCCGACGCUCGUUACGCCAAACUAUGAGCAGGAGGUUGACAAUGACCCCCCGAAGGCCGCUUUUCUUUCCUUCCUCGCGUUCGGCGGCGCCAUCGCCGCUCUGAUCCAGGUCCUGGCGACUCUCGCGGAGUGGGCCUAUGUUCCUCGCAAAUGGGCGGGAGCACAGCACUUGACGAAGCGGUUGCUAUUUCUCCUUCUCAUCUUCGUCAUCAAUGUUGCUCCAGGAGUUUACAUCUUCAUGCCGCCGACGUCCGCAUAUCUUGAGAGGCAGAACACCCAGGUCGCCUUCAUCAUCAGCAUUGUCCAUCUCGUCAUCGCCAUAUUGACGUACAUCUUCUUCUCCAUAAUGCCCCUCGGCGGUCUUUUCGGAAGCUACCUGGCCAAAAAAUCCAGGAGAUAUGUUGCCAGCCAGACGUUCACCGCCAGCUACCCGCGCCUCAAGGGCAACGACAUCGCCUUGUCCUACGGCAUGUGGUUCAUCAUCUUCAUCGCCAAAUUCGGAGCGUCAUAUGGCUACCUGACUCUUUCGAUCAGGGAUCCAAUUCGCUACCUUAUGCUCAUGGCUCCCACCCGAUGCGUUGGCGAUACGAUCCUCAAAGAUUAUCUCUGCCGAUAUCAGCCGCAGAUCACUCUGGGUCUGCUCCUCUUCACGGAUUUGAUCUUCUUCUUCCUGGACACGUACCUUUGGUACGUCCUGGUCAACACGACGGUCUCGGUAGCUCGCUCGUUUUACCUUGGAUCUUCCAUCUUGACGCCUUGGAGAAACGUUUUUUCCCGGCUCCCGAAGCGCAUGUACUCCAAGAUUCUGGCAACGACCGACAUGGAGAUCAAGUACAAGCCAAAGGUGCUCAUCUCGCAGAUUUGGAAUGCCAUCGUCAUUUCCAUGUACCGUGAGCAUCUGUUGGCCAUCGAACAUGUUCAGAAACUCCUUUACCACCAGGUGCCGUCUGAGCAAGAGGGCAAGCGCACCCUUCGCGCCCCGACAUUCUUCGUCUCCCAAGACGACAACUCCUUCAAGACCGAGUUCUUCCCCAGUCAUAGCGAGGCCGAGCGGAGAAUCUCCUUCUUUGCGCAGUCCCUUUCGACGCCCAUUCCUGAGCCCCUUCCGGUCGACAACAUGCCCACCUUCACUGUCAUGAUUCCUCACUACAGCGAGAAGAUUCUCCUCUCGCUCAGAGAGAUUAUCCGUGAGGACGAGCCGUACUCGCGCGUCACUCUUCUCGAGUACCUCAAGCAGCUCCAUCCUCACGAGUGGGAUUGCUUUGUGAAGGACACCAAGAUCUUGGCCGACGAGACAUCGCAGCUCAACGGUGAGGACGACAAAAACGAGAAGGAUACGGCCAAGAGCAAGAUUGACGACCUGCCCUUCUACUGCAUUGGUUUCAAGUCGUCGGCCCCCGAGUACACUCUCAGGACCCGGAUUUGGGCGUCGCUCCGCUUCCAGACCCUGUACCGCACCGUCUCUGGCUUCAUGAACUACAGUCGGGCCAUCAAGCUUCUCUACCGCGUCGAAAACCCGGAGGUCGUCCAGAUGUUCGGCGGGAAUUCGGACAAGCUCGAACGUGAACUGGAGCGCAUGGCCCGCCGCAAGUUCAAGCUCAUCGUGUCGAUGCAGCGCUUCGCCAAGUUCAAGAAGGAGGAGAUGGAGAAUGCCGAGUUCUUGCUCCGCGCCUACCCGGAUCUUCAGAUCGCUUACCUGGACGAGGAGCCGCCGCUGGUGGAAGGCGAAGAGCCCCGCCUCUACUCUGCCCUCAUCGACGGCCAUUCCGAGAUCAUGGAGAACGGGAUGCGCCGGCCUAAGUUCCGAAUUCAGCUCUCUGGCAACCCGAUCCUCGGUGACGGCAAAUCAGACAACCAAAACCACGCCCUCAUCUUCUACCGCGGCGAGUACAUCCAACUCAUUGAUGCCAACCAGGACAACUAUCUCGAGGAGUGUCUCAAAAUUCGAAGCGUCCUCGCCGAGUUUGAGGAGAUGAAGACCGACAAUGUAUCGCCGUACACGCCCGGAGUCAAGAACGUGACCAAUUCUCCCGUCGCCAUUCUGGGCGCUCGCGAGUACAUCUUCUCGGAGAAUAUUGGCAUCCUCGGUGAUGUGGCCGCUGGCAAGGAACAGACGUUUGGCACUCUGUUUGCGAGAACUCUUGCCCAGAUUGGUGGCAAGCUCCACUAUGGUCACCCCGAUUUCCUCAACGGUAUCUUCAUGACGACCCGUGGCGGUGUGUCCAAGGCGCAAAAAGGUCUCCAUCUCAACGAGGAUAUCUACGCCGGUAUGAACGCUCUCCUGCGCGGCGGUCGCAUCAAGCACUGCGAAUACUACCAGUGCGGUAAAGGUCGUGAUCUGGGCUUUGGCUCCAUUCUCAACUUCACGACUAAAAUCGGCACGGGCAUGGGCGAGCAGAUGCUCUCCAGAGAGUACUAUUACUUGGGAACACAGCUGCCGCUCGACCGCUUCCUUUCGUUCUACUAUGCUCAUCCGGGUUUCCACGUCAACAACAUGUUCAUCAUGCUGUCGGUGCAGCUCUUUAUGAUUUGCCUGCUCCAGAUUGGCGUUCUCCGGCAUGAGACGAUUCCUUGCGACUACGACCGGCGGGUUCCUAUCACAGAUGAACUGUUCCCAACGCGCUGCUCCAACACAGAUGCCCUCAUGGAUUGGGUCUAUCGCAGUAUCCUGUCCAUCUUCUUCGUGUUCUUCCUCUCCUUCGUUCCUCUGGUCGUCCAGGAAGCGUCGGAGCGCGGCCCGCUGCGCGCCCUGACCCGUUUCGCCAAGCAGUUCUGCUCCUUCUCACCAUUCUUCGAGGUCUUCGUCUGCCAGAUCUACGCCAACUCGGUGCAGCAGGACAUCACUUUCGGAGGGGCCAGGUACAUCGGCACUGGACGUGGCUUCGCCACGGCCCGCAUUCCGUUCGGGGUACUCUACUCGCGGUUUGCGGGACCGUCCAUCUACUUUGGCGCCCGCGUACUUAUGAUGCUGCUCUUUGCCACCGUGACAGUCUGGCAGGCGGCUCUCGUCUACUUUUGGGUUUCGCUGGUGGCUCUGGUUGUCUCGCCGUUCCUCUACAAUCCUCACCAAUUCGCCUGGAACGACUUCUUUAUCGACUAUCGCGACUAUCUCCGUUGGCUGUCUCGUGGUAACUCGCGCUCACAUGCGUCGUCAUGGAUCGCGUUUUGCCGCCUCUCCCGUACGAGGAUCACUGGAUACAAGCGGAAAGCGCUGGGUGACCCGUCGGCCAAGAUGUCGGGCGACGUUCCCCGGGCCGCCAUUACCAACAUCUUCUGGGCCGAGAUCUUCUCGCCUCUCUGCCUUGUGGCGGUGACGCUGAUACCCUAUCUCUUCAUCAACGCUCAAACGGGUGUCAAGGAGGCUACAAAGAACGAAGGAAAAACCAUCGCGGAGACUGCGGCGCUCAUACGCAUCGGCAUCGUCGCCCUGGCACCCAUAGUUAUUAAUGCUGGCGUCCUGUUGGUCUUUUUCGCUAUGGCUUGCUUCAUGGGUCCUCUCCUGAGCAUGUGCUGCAAGAAGUUUGGCUCCGUCCUUGCGGCGAUUGCCCAUGCCAUUGCAGUUAUUCUGCUCCUCGUCUUCUUCGAGGUCCUCUUCUUCCUGCAGGGAUUCCGUUUUGCGCCGACGCUCCUGGGCAUGAUCGCGGUUGUGGCCAUCCAGCGCUUCGUCUUCAAGUUGAUCGUCUCCCUCGCGCUUACAAGGGAGUUCAAAACGGACCAAUCCAACAUCGCUUUUUGGACGGGCAAGUGGUACUCGAUGGGUUGGCACUCGGUCUCCCAACCUGCGCGCGAGUUUCUGUGCAAGAUCACCGAGCUUACCAUGUUUGCCGCCGAUUUCGUUCUCGGCCACUUCAUCUUGUUCCUCCUGUGCCCGGUCAUCCUGAUUCCUCAGGUUGAUAAGCUGCACUCAGUGAUGCUCUUCUGGCUGCGUCCAAGUCGACAAAUCCGUCCGCCAAUUUACUCAAUGAAGCAGACAAAGUUGCGGAGGAGACGGGUGAUUCGCUACGCCAUCCUCUAUUUUGUCCUGCUUGUCGUCUUCCUUGCGCUCAUCGUCGGGCCGUCCGUCGGUAGCAGGUUUAUCGACUUGGAAAAGAUGAGCUUGCCCUCUAUUUUGAAGCAGCAACACCUGCUCCAGCCGAGCCUGGACCACGACGAUACUCGGGGCACGCUAGUCACCGGCACCGGGGCCACGGAUUACUCAGGUAUCAUGGCGUGGACGAGGACUGCGACGGCGACGCUGAAGACGACGGCGAAGGCCACGACGACGUCUAGGAGGAAUUAA